AUGCCGCGCAAACAAAGGAAAGGGAGCACAAAAACCAACGGUUCCCCUGUGGAAGACAAACAGCAGACUAUCUCUAACACGGCCCUGGCCACUAAUUAUGAAGAAAUACACAAGAAUGAGGCGGACGCCCUGCGUUCAAUAUACGGCGACGAGUUCGAGGACGUAGAGACAAAACCCUCUGCGUGGAAUCAAUCCUCGACAAUAUCCUUUAAGCUGCAGCUCAAGGCGUCCUCAAAUCCUGAGGUUCGAGUCUGCCUUUUGGUUGAACUACCGACGACUUAUCCCAAAUCAGUCCCGAUAUUAAAACUAGAAACUGUUCAAGAUGUCAGACAGAGUGCCAAAGAGCGGCUUGAGAGCGUUCUGAAGUCCAAGCCAGUAGAACUCCUGGGGUCCGAGAUGAUAUAUGAGCUGGCUGUUGCCAUUGAAGACGUCCUGGAAGAUUGCGCGCAGGCACAAGCCCAAGACAAGGACUUACCAAGCCUCGAGGAGGAGCGUAUAGUCCAGGAGGCUGCUGCUCUUCAGCAGGCUGAGAAGCUGAAGCAGGAGGAGUUAGCUCGACAGCAAGAAGCAACCGUUGAGGAGGAGAAAUCAUUACAAUUGCUAGUUGAAGAUAAACUGAAACAGCGUCAAAGGGAGCACGAGCACUUGUCUCGUCGCAAGAGUAGGACUAAUGCAGAAGACUUUGGUAUUUUGGAGUCUGUUGUCGAUGUCCCAGAUGCGAUAUCGUUCGAUCUCCCAAUGGCCAUUACAGGUCUGCAUGAUCGCCCUCUAUGGUUUAAAUCAGUUAAUGGGAAGAAUAUAAUUGGCAAAUCUCAUUACAAGGAAACGUUCUUAGUGAGGCCAAUCGUCCCGGGAAACAUAUCGUUGGUACCACUCCUUGUUCUGAAGGAGAUAUUCAUCCAGGAAAGUGAACAUAAGGAUAUUGAUCUCCGGUUCCAGAUCAGCGUGAGUGAGGAUAAACUUGAAUUCCUGAAGAAGCUUCGUCAUCCCAACCUCGUGGAUUUCAUUGGCUUCAAAAUCCAACGUCCCAUUGAUUCAUCCUCAACUCAAACUGGCACCUGGCACAUAUAUGCUCUCUUUGAGCAUGCUAACAAAGGUUCCCUAUCUGAACUACUGGAUAUCGUCGGCAGCGUUCCGGCAGAUAAUGCCAGAGCCUGGAUGAUCCAGCUGGUCGAGGCUCUAGAGUAUUAUAAUCGUCACGGUGUGGUGCAUGGAAAUAUCCACUGUGGUCGUGUCUUGCUCUUCAGAAGCCCAUCAAGUACAACGACAGUAAAACUACUCGGUAACGUGGAAGAAGUAUACCCGCUAUCAUCUACAGCGAGGAGAAGAAGUCUUACAACACCAAAAUCUCCAUUCUGGUUACCUCCAGAACUCGCAGGUGAAGGCAUGAAACCAACCAUCAAGACUGAUGUUUGGGAUCUAGGUAUUCUGUUCUUACAAAUGGGCUUUGGAAAAGAUAUUCUACAACGGUAUACAUCUGCAGAUGCCGUCAUCAACUCCAUGGAACUGUCCCCUCAGCUAGAGGACAUGCUUGCUGAAAUAUUUAGAUCUGACCCGAAAAAACGUCCGACACCGUUCCAGAUCCAACCCUUUGAGUUCUUCCGCGUUGACACACCGUUAAUCGUCCCCACUGGAAGUCCUGGCUCGUCUUCCCUUCCCCAUCGCACACGUCAUGAUUCUCAGGGCCAUUUAGCUGCAGUCUCCCGUUACAGUCAUGAUUUCGAUGAAGUUGGCCGUCUUGGACGAGGCGGUUAUGGUCUGGUUGUCAAAGCUCGAAAUAAAUUGGAUGGCAGGUUCUACGCUGUAAAAAAGAUAUCCCAGAAGUCCCCUGUUGCUUUAAAGGAUACCUUAUCAGAAAUCAUGCUACUGUCAAGACUCAAUCAUCCUUAUGUUGUGCGAUAUUUUACUGCAUGGCUAGAAGAGAAUUACGUUGCAAUAAGUAAUGAUGAUGAGUCGGAUGCCACUCUGUCUUCAGACGGCUCCGGCUCCCAUUCGGGAGAUAAUAUCGAGUUUGGCUACAGCACUAGUGGACUGGAUUUCAUCAGCUCCAGCGGUUACCCAAAGGUCGAAUUCGGAUACGAUACCGAUGAAGAAGGGGAAAAUGAUACCAUUUCAGAUGGCAAUGGCGCUCAGAAGAAAGAGACCGAUGCCAGUACUACGGAGGAGGGUGUAUCGCUUCGCCGUACUCUGCGAGACCUUAUAAGAUUUGGAUUGCAUGAAAAUAUCGAUUCUUCAUGGAGACUCUUCCGGCAGAUUCUUGACGGUCUAAAUCAUAUCCAUUCCCAUGGCAUUCUACACAGGGACCUCAAGCCAGACAAUAUAUUUAUUGAUAUGGCAAAUAACCCGCGAAUUGGAGACUUUGGCCUGGCUACAAGUGGACAGCUUAGCUCAACCGACCGAUCGCCUGCGCUGGAGAGCAUAGGAGCCGGGUUUACUCAGAGUGUUGGUACCACGUAUUAUGUCGCUCCAGAGGUUAAAAAGGCUUCUAUGGGACAGUAUAAUGAAAAAGUUGAUAUGUACUCUCUUGGUAUUAUUUUCUUCGAAAUGUGCUAUCCGCUUGAGACUGGAAUGGAAAGAGAUAGGAUACUCCAGGGUAUCAGACAAAAGGAGCAUACCCUCCCCGAAGCGUUCAAUCUCCCAGAAAAAGUGGCACAGGGAGAAAUAAUACUCUCUCUCAUUAGCCACAGACCAAGUGAACGUCCAACCACAACUGAGUUGCUUCAGAGUGACAAAAUACCGCUACAGGUUGAGGAAGAGAUGUUCCGGAAAGCAGUUAUGGGACUCCUAUCUGACCCUGAAUCUCCGGAUUAUAAAAAAAUACUCUCCGCAAUAUUUUACCAGCCUCAAAAGAAGUUUGAAGACAUUGCAUGGGAUAUAGAUUCGCGUGCAAGUCCUACGGCUACGGAAUUGCUAUUGCACGGGGUGAUAAAAGACAAGCUUACUGCAUUGUUCCGGAAACAUGGAGCUGUAGAAACUUGCAGGCAGUCACUAUUCCCAAGAUCAUCCCAUUACGGCCCAGGCGCCGUCCGGCUUCUAGACCCAGGCGGAAAUCUGGUCCAGCUGCCUUACGACCUUACUCUUCCAAACGCUCGUGCUCUACCAAAACAGGAUUUAUCUAUCGAAAAGGCGUUUUCAUUUGGUACUGUUUACAGGGAAUCUGUCCAUAGAGGCGAACCCAGGGGUCAUAAAGAAGUUGAUUUUGAUAUUGUUUCCUAUAACACCUUGGAUCUACCUUUGAAGGAAGCAGAGGUAAUCAAGGUACUGGAUGAGAUUAUUGACGAAUUUCCGUCACUGAAAUCUACCCAGAUGUGCUUUCACCUCAAUCACUCUGACCUCCUGGAGGCGGUUGUGGCAUUUUGCCGUAUUACGCCCGAACAGCGACCCAUCGUGAAAGAGGUCAUCAGCAAACUUAAUAUUGGACAAUACACGAUGCAAAAGAUCAGAAGUGAACUCCGAUCACCGAGUAUUGGAGUGCCAUCGACGUCAAUUGAUGAUUUGUCGCGGUUCGAUUUCCGAGAUACCCCCCAGAAAGCAUUAAGCAGGCUUCAUGCGAUCAUGGAUGGCACCGAAUACGCCGAUAGAUUAUCACCUAUCUUUAACCGAUUGAACAUAGUUGUUUCAUAUUUGGAGAAGUUCAAAGUGAAGCGAAAAGUCUAUAUCAGUCCAUUAAGCAGCUUGAACGACAAAUUCUACAACGGUAGCGUGCUCUUUCAGUGUGUCUUUGAUAAGAAAAGAAGAGAUGUCUUUGCAGCCGGCGGAAGAUACGACAGCCUGAUCCAGGAAUUUCAGCCCAUCUUGCGCUCGAACCGUCCAAGAUCCCAUGCGGUUGGCUUUAAUCUUGGAUUAGAUAAAUUGAACGGGUCAAUGACGAACUAUCUGAAAGGAUCUAAUAAAUCUUUUCUCAAGCCAGAUGCAGAGGUUGGAAAUUCCUGGCGCAAAAAUAAGUGUGAUGUAUUGGUUGCUAGUUUUGAUCCUUCUGUACUGAGAACUGUUGGAGUUGGUAUUGUCUCGACUUUAUGGGCACACGACAUCAGCGCUGAGCUUGCGGCGGACACGACGCCUUCACUAGAAGACCUUCUCACCAGAUACGUCGACGAUAACUACAGCUGGGUGGUCAUUGUCAAGCAGGACAGUAUCGAGAGGGGGUUGAGAGUCAAGAGUGUCCAACGCAAAGAAGACUUUGACGUGAGAAGCUCAGAUCUAGUCCCCUGGCUUCGGAAUGAGAUGCGUGCUCGCAGGAAAUUUAAAUAUGACCGACCCCCUGACUCUCCAAAGCUGGUCAAACAUCCUAGCCAGGUUGAGGCCAGCCUUUCAGGCAAAGAGAGAGACUCGGAUGUUAGAAUCCUAACGCCCCUUCACAAGAGCAAAAAAACUAAUAGGAGAAAUAUUGUUGAAUUUGGUAUGACUUCUUCAUAA